AUGACCGCCGACAUGAUGCCCGAGCCCAUUGCUAUCAUCGGCAUGAGUUGUCGCUUUCCGGGCGAUGCUUCCGAGCCAUCCCGUCUAUGGGAUGCCCUAGCGGCCGGAAAAUCUGCGUGGAGUGAGGUGCCCGAAGAUCGAUUCAAUAUGAAGGCAUUUUACCACAAUAGAGACCCUCAUACUAGCACGAGCAACACCCCCGGGGGUCAUUUUUUAAAUACCGAUGUGGCCGCGUUUGAUUGCAGCUUCUUUGAAAUCAAACCGACGGAAGCUCGAGCCGUGGAUCCUCAACAACGUAUCACGUUGGAGCUGGCUUAUGAAGCUUUUGAGAAUGCCGGCUUGACGCUACCCCAGCUAUGGGGAUCUUCUACUGGCGUUUAUGUUGGUCAGUGGAGUUCCGACUACAGCGAGAUCCUGGCGCGAGACCCUGAAUUUCAGGAACGCUACCAUACUCUCGGAAUUGGUCCUGCCAUCACAUCCAACCGCGUCUCUUAUUUUUUCAACCUACGCGGUCCAAGUUUUACGGUCGAUACGGGUUGCUCUGCCAGUCUUGUAGCAUUACAUAACGCUGUCCAGAGCUUGCGAAGUGGUGAAAGCACAAUGAGUCUUGUUGGCGGCGUCAAUAUCUUGUUGGACCCUCAGCGUUUUACUUACCAAAGCAAGCUGAAGAUGUUUUCGCCUGAUGGUCGUUGCUUCUCAUUCGACGAGCGCGCCAAUGGAUAUGGUAGAGGAGAGGGCUGUGGCUGUGUCGUCUUGAAACCACUCUCGUUGGCCAUCAAAGAUGGUGACCGAAUUCGAGCUGUCAUCCGCAACUCCGCACUGAACCAAGACGGUCGAACGCCUCAGGGUAUCAGUGUGCCAAGUCGUGAGGCACAGGAAGAAUUGAUCCGCCGGGCAUAUGCCGAGGUCGGGCUGGUUCCAAUUGAAACGGACUAUGUUGAGGCCCACGGAACAGGCACGGCAGUGGGUGAUCCUAUCGAGGCCGAGGCUAUUGCCAACGUAUUGGCUCGCCCCCGAGAUUCGAGUCAAGAGCCAUUGAUCAUGGGAUCUGUGAAGGGAAAUAUUGGCCAUACGGAGAGUGCGGCUGGUAUUGCUGGGCUGAUCAAGGCCGUCUUGAUGCUGGAGAACCAAGCUGUGGCUCCCCAGGUCAAUUAUAAAAGACCAAACCCAAAAGUCCCGCUUGACAUCUGGAAUCUGCAGAUACCUAUCAGAUUCGAGAAGAAGAAUCUUCGCCGCAUCUCUGUUAACAGUUUUGGAUAUGGUGGCACCAAUGCGCAUGUCAUUGUUGAUCGUGUGGGCGAGCAUGUUCAGCCUAAGAACAACGCCAACAGCAUGAACGGUACCAAUGGUGUCAAUGUUACCAACGACAUCCAUGGUACCGAUGGCGUUAACGGUACCGAUGGUGUUAACGGUACCAAUGGCGUUAACGGUACCAAUGGCAUCAACAGCGUCGCCAGUGAUUCCCACUUCGCCGCAGAACGGCCUCGCGUUUUCAUUCUUAGCGCUGCCGAGGAGCAGAGCUGCCAUAAAAACGCCGAGCGUCUGGCGCAGUACCUGACGGAAUCCCCGGCCGCUUUGUUGGAAGAGUCCAAUGAGCUUAUGGAUCGCUUGGCUAUCACAGUAAACAAGCGUACUGUUCACGAAUACAACGCUUCCAUCGUCGCUUAUGACCAAGAAGAUUUGGUGGCCCAGCUUGAAGUCCUCCAGCAGACGCCUAUCGCUGUCCGAGCACCGUUCAAGGGAGGAGCCCGUGUUGGUUAUGUAUUCGGAGGCCAGGGAGCCCAAUAUUAUAACAUGGGUCGAGAGAUGAUAAAGUAUUGGCCAGUUUUCUACCAAUCUCUGGACCGGGCCAACAACCAUUUACGGACGAUGGGCUGUGAGUGGGACCUUUUGACUGAGUUAAGUCAUGAGAAAGCUGAAGACUCGCAUGUGGAUGAGCCAGUAUAUGGUCAGACGCUUUCCACCGUCAUUCAGCUGGCUUUGGUCGACACGCUGGCAGCUCUGAAUUUGAGUCCAUCGUCCGUUGUGGGGCACUCCAGCGGAGAGAUCGCUGCGGCUUACGCCGUGUGUGCGCUCUCGUUUGAAGACGCAUUGACUGUGGCAUAUCAUCGCGGCCGUCUGACAUCCAAACUGAUCGCUUCCGGAGUUUCUGGGGGCAUGCUUGCCGUGGGCUCGUCGCCCGAAGUUGCGCAGACUUACAUCGACCAGGUCAAGGCCACUGACACGUCUGAGGUGAAGAUUGCCUGCUACAACAGCCCAACGAGUGUGACGCUUUCGGGAGAUAACGACAAUAUUGCGGCAGUCGCAGCUCUACUACAGGAGGAUGAUGUUUUCCAUCGCAAGCUCAGGACGCGGGGAGCUGCGUAUCAUUCCAAAAUGAUGCAGGCAAUCGAGGAGGACUACCGAUCUGCCAUCGCCCAUAUCCAACCACGUCCGCUGGCCGGACAUAUGAUGUCUUCGUUAAAUGGGAAGAAGCUGUCCGCCGGAUUCUUGUUGGAUGGAGAUUACUGGGCUCGCAAUCUUGUCUCUCCUGUUCGCUUUGCCGGAGCUCUGAGAAGCAUGAUAGUCGGCGACAAGCAUGAAGGACAGCAACAUGAUCUCGAUAUUGAUCUUCUCCUGGAAGUUGGCCCCCACGCGCAGAUGCAGGGUGCAGCCAAGGAGGUGUUGCAAGAGCUGGGAUCUUCGACUCGCGUCCAUUAUAUGUCGUGUCUUAAGAGGAAGGCCAGCGCAGCCGAAACCAUGCUGCACGCCCUGGCCGACCUGUUCGCCCUGGGCGCGCCCGUAAACUUUCAUCAGGCAAAUGUCGGCUUCGUAACACAGUUGCCAGCUAUGUUGAACGAUGUGCCGCCGUACGCGUUUAACCAUGAGCAGCGUCAUUGGCACGGCGGCCGCAUCUCUCGCGAGUUCACUCAUCGUCAGUUCUUACCGCAUGAGCUAUUAGGCAAUCUGUCAUCCGAUGUGAAUUAUAUGGAGCCUAGAUGGCGUCGUAUCAUGAACCUUAAGGAGAUGCCAUGGCUGCAACAUCACUUGGUGCAGGGCCAAGUCAUCUUCCCAGCCGCCGGAUAUUUGGCCAUGGCCAUGGAGGCGAUGCGUCGCUUUGCGGCCUUCAAGACUGAGAACCAAUCGAAAGCGACUGUUGGUUAUUCGCUCAGUAACUGCAGCUUUGUCAAAGCGCUGGUACUCAGGGAGGGCGAUACAGACACCGAGAUGUGUCUGUCGCUUCGACCCGAGACUCAGAGCGCAAAGGGUUCGUGGCAGGAUUGGAAAGAGUUCCGAAUCUUCUCGACAUCCUCUGGCAAAGGAUGGAGUGAGCAUUGCCGGGGUCGUAUCCGUGACGUUACAGACAAUGGAAUGCUCGCGGAUCGUCUUAGUGACACCACCAUCGAAGUCAAGAACCGCAACCUCGCAUCUAUUCAACACCACAUCACGCCGACCCGUUUCUACUCCGCCGCACGCCAGGUCGGGAUGGAGUGGUACGCGCCGUUUGAUAACGUUGUCAGCCUGGAAGCUCUGGCUGAUUCAAGCGUGACCACGAACAAGAUGCCAAGCUUGCACGCCUCGGCGCACCCUUUCGAAGAGGAGUCGUACAUCGUGCAUCCUGGAAUGCUUGACUCGACCCUCUUCCACGGAGUAUGCGCCAGUCUUCUAGUGGAGCGGGAAUCUAAGGCGCCGAUGGUCCCUAUUUUCAUCGAACGACUGACCGUUUCGACUGCUCUCAAAGUCCCGGAAGGAACCGAGGUGCGCACGUAUUCUCUGGCCCAAGACAAGGGUACUUGUUGGAGCGGCCAGGUCGAGUUGAACGAACGGCCCAUGAUGAGCUUUCAUGGGUUAAGAGUCGCCCAGCUGCCGGCAAACGACAUGUCCGCACGGUCUCGGCAGUUGGCACACAGUCCGGAGUGGGUUGGCCAUUAUCCGAGCAUGACAAAGGCGCAAGUCAUAGCCCAUUGCACGAACUUGCUUCCUGCUGGUUCGUCUCGUCACCGCAACAUCGCCCUCAACGCAGAUGUACGCACUCACGUGGAGAGGGCGCUCAAACUGAUCCAACCGGACCAAGUUGCGGCAGGAUUUCAGCAGUCAUGGUACACGUGGAUGCAAUCUUUUACGGCCACAGAGGCCGACUCUCCUGAAUUGAUAUCGGAGGCCCGGGUGGCCACGACGUCGGAUCCGAGCGUCUCUUUCGAGGCUGUGAAACGUGUUGGCGAGAACCUCGAGAAUCUUCUGACCGGCGUUACGGAUUCCCUCUCCAUCUUGACCUUGAAUGAUAUGCUGGGUAAGUUGUAUUCUGAGGAACGGAACAGCCGCUGUUAUCAUCAGAUCAACGCGUAUUGCAAAACUCUCGGCAAAUAUAACCCGUCUCUGCGAAUGCUCGAGGUUGGCGGCGGUACAGCUUCGGCCACAUUGCCUUUGUUGCAAGCCCUCUCUCAUCAUGGCCAGCCGUUGGUGGCGCAGUACAAAUUUACGGAUCUGUCGACAGCUUUCUUCCCCGCUGCCCGCGAGCGUCUGGCUCAGUAUGGCAACAUUGUCAAUUAUGAGGCAUUUGAUCUCGCAUGCUCUCCCGAUCUUCAAGGGUUCGAGCCUGGAACCUACGAUGUUGUCAUCGCCUGCAAUGUUGUACACGCUACCCCGAACAUUGCGUCUUCUCUGGACAAUAUUCGUCAGCUCCUUCGUCCCGGAGGAACACUGAUUCUCAUGGAGAUCACCAACCCAGAGCCUUAUUACCAACUCAUCUUUGGCUCUCUUUCUGGGUGGUGGUCUGGUGUCGAUGAAGGGCGAGUGUCUUCAGCCAUUCUCUCUGAGAGUGACUGGAAACAAAAACUAGUGAAGCAGGGUUUUGAGUCAGACCCAGUCAUUGUAUCCGACUAUGCUGAUGGUGAAGGAGCUACAAUCAGCGUCAUUUUUGCCAAGAUCCCUGUUGAAUCUCAACGCUGUCUAAGUGAGAUCUCACUUCACUUUACCAGCGGCAUGGUUCCCGAUCCGUCAGGCGCAAGCCUUGGUAUUGUCGCUGAAAAUCUUCGCCAGGGCCCUGGACUCGGUCUGCGCCAGAUCACGACAGGCAGUCUCGACAGUAUCCCGGACAUUGCUAGCACGGUACUUGUGAUAGAUUCGGAGAUAUGCGAGGCGCUUGCGGGCCGUAUGGAUGCUUCGCUGUGGCAGGAGCUCCAGAAAUGUGCCCUGUCAUGCAAAGGUCUGAUCCUGAUCUCGCAAGGCGCUACCGGGGACACACCUGUGCCUGAGGGGGCGCUGACCAUAGGCUUCGCCCGGUCCUUGAGGUUGGAACAGCCCGGUAUUCGCUACGUUACGCUCGAUCUCGACCCAGACACUUCUCACGGUGCCAUUGACGAGCGCUUGAGCAAGUGGCUUACCAAGCUUUUGACCUCUGAAACAUUCGACUUUGACCGCGGCUCAAUCGGGCUCGACUGCGAGUUCACCGAGCGUAACGGACAACUUUACGUCAACCGAAUGUUUCACAACGAGCAGCUCGAUCAGAGUAUCGUCCGCGCCACGGCGAGAGCCAAGCCAGAGCAGACAGCAUUCCUGGAGCGCGCGCGUCCGCUCAGGGUCGAGCUCGGCGUGUCUGGGCUGAUGGAAACAUUCCGGUGGGCGGACGACGUCGAACACGCGCGCGGCCUGGCGCCGGAUGAGAUUCGCAUCGAGUGUCGUGCGGGCAGCAUCAACUUUCGCGACGUGCUCGUCGCCUCAGGUGAGCUCGGCGCUUCUGCAACCAUGAUGAACGACUGUGCCGGCACGGUGGUGGAGGUUGGCAGCAACAUGACGUCUCAUUAUGCCGUUGGCGAUAGGGUCUGUAGCUACUAUGCUCAGUCCUACAACAACUAUCCGAUUGUCGACGGGCAUCACUGUGCUCGGAUCCCGGACAACGUCUCCUUCGCGCUGGGCGCAUCUCUUCCGAUUGUAUGGGCAACCACCUACCACUCGUUGAUCAACGUGGCUAGGCUGCAAGCAGGAGAAUCCAUUUUGAUCCAUGCCGCUGCUGGAGCAGUCGGUCAAGCCGCCGUCAUCCUGGCCAAGGAUCUGGGCGCCGUGGUCUAUGCAACAUGCGGAUCGCAGGAGAAACGCACGCGUCUGGAGAGCCUUGGCGUCCCGCAAGACCACAUCUUCACUAGCCGAUCUGCCGCGUUCGGGCCUGCGCUUCUUGCCGCGACUAGGAAUAAAGGUGUCAACGUCAUCUUGAAUUCCCUGGCUGGUGAGCUAUUCCGAGAGUCUCUGGAGUGCCUCGCGUCCUUCGGUCGCUUCAUUGAGAUUGGCAAAAAGGACUUCCUGGAUGACGCGCUGAUGCCGACAAAAUUCCUGCUUCGCAACAUCACCUUUUCUUGUGUUGACCUGGUGCAGAUGAUCAACGAAGACAGUAUGCUUGUUCAUCGCCUGCUCAAGGACGUGGUUGAGUUGGUCGCGAGCAAUAAAUUGACAGAUCAAGUGACUCUUCGUCUAUUCAAGAUUGGCGAGAUUGAGUCUGCAUUCCGCCUGAUUUCGGCCGGCAAGCACAUGGGGAAAGUGAUCCUGACGGCAGAUCCAGACGAUAUGGUCCCGGCACUUCCAGAGACCCCGGUCCUUCCGAAGUUGCUGCCCGGGGCCACCUACAUCUUGGUUGGUGGUUUUGGAGGGUUAGGGGUGUAUCUCAUCCGAUGGCUUGCUUCGAGAGGCGCACGGACUAUUGUCACCUUGUCGCGAUCGGGAGCCAAAUCUUCCGUUGCGAAGGCAUGUAUCGCGGAAAUGCACAGCCAAGGCGUCAAAGUUCUUUCCAAGGCUUGUGACAUUGCUUCUAAAGAGGCCGUGGAAGCUGUCGUCAGAGGUCUACAGGCUGUCGAUGGGGUAGGCCAAAUUCGAGGUGUCAUCAACGCCGCGAUGGCGCUCGAGGACGUACUGUUUGAUCAGAUGGAACAUUGGCAAUGGGAGGCAUCGUUGGCCCCCAAGGUUGCUGGAACCCGCAACCUGCACGAGGUCCUGCCAACUGAUAUGGACUUUUUCGUUGUCCUUUCGUCCAUCGCCGGAAUAAUCGGUCACCCGGCCCAAGUGAAUUAUACAUCUGCAUGUACUUUCCAAGACGCCUUCAUGCACUAUCGACGAGGCCGCGGCCAGCCCGCGUUCGCGAUCGAUGUUGGAGUCGUUGGCGACGCUGGCUUUGUCAGUGAGUCCCCGGCCGUGUUCGCCAACAUGAAACGCCAGGGCUUUGCCAUCAUCUCAGUCGCCGAGCUCCUCGCGACGCUCGAUUACGUCCUGGCCGCCAGUGGACCGGAGUGUCAAGCCGCCAUUGGCCUGGUCCCCGAUGCAGGCAACAAGAAACCCGACUGGUUUGAGCAGCGGCACCUUUCACACCUGUUCCAGGACUCUGCUCUCUUCGCAGGUGCCGAGCUGGACGACGGCAGCGGCAGUGGCUCAGACCACAUCGACAAGAUCGGUCGUACCAAGACUGUAGAAGAGGCAGUCGAAGCCGUCGGAGCCGCGGUGCUGGACGAGCUGAGCAAGUUGAUUGUCACGCCGGUAGAGCGUAUCCUGCCUCACCGGACGCUCGAAUCGUACGGUGUCGACUCGUUGGUGGCGGUCGAACUCCGCAACUGGGUCGUGGCGAUGUUGGCUGCUGAUGUCUCACUUCUCCUCAUUCGGGAGUCCAGGAGCAUUGCGAAUCUUAUCCAAUUGGUCGCGAGUAAAUCGAGAUUGGUCCCGGUCAAGCUCCAAGAAUCCGUGUCGAAGCUGGGUUGA